AUGACUGGAGCGGAAUUAGUGGAAUGUGUCAAACCUCCCCACCCAUUCUCCACCCCUCACAAUCAGUGUCAAACCUCCCCACCCAUUCUCCACCCCUCACGCUCUGUGUCAAACCUCCCCACCCAUUCUCCACCCCUCACACUCAGUGUCAAACCUCCCCACCGCUUCUCACACUCAGUGUCAAACUUCCCCACCCCUUCUCACACUCAGUGUCAAACUUCCCCACCCCUUCUCCACCCCUCACACUCAGUGUCAAACCUCCCCCACCGCUUCUCACACUCAGUGUCAAACUUCCCCACCCCUUCUCACACUCAGUGUCAAACUUCCCCACCCCUUCUCCGCAGCUCACACUCAGUGUCAAACUUCCCCACCCCUUCUCCACCCCUCACACUCAGUGUCAAACUUCCCCACUCCUUCUCCACCCCUCACACUCAGUGUCAAACUUCCCCACCCCUUCUCCACCCCUCACACUCAGUGUCAAACCUCCCCACCCAUUCUCCACCCCUCACAAUCAGUGUCAAAUCUCCCCACCCAUUCUCCACCCCUCACAAUCAGUGUCAAACCUCCCCACCCAUUCUCCACCCCUCACAAUCAGUGUCAAACCUCCCCACCCAUUCUCCACCCCUCACGCUCUGUGUCAAACCUCCCCACCCAUUCUCCACCCCUCACACUCAGUGUCAAACCUCCCCACCGCUUCUCACACUCAGUGUCAAACUUCCCCACCCCUUCUCACACUCAGUGUCAAACUUCCCCACCCCUUCUCCACCCCUCACACUCAGUGUCAAACCUCCCCACCGCUUCUCACACUCAGUGUCAAACUUCCCCACCCCUUCUCACACUCAGUGUCAAACUUCCCCACCCCCUUCUUCACCCCUCACACUCAGUGUCAAACUUCCCCACUCCUUCUCCAGUGUCCCCCCCACCCCUCACACUCAGUGUCAAACUUCCCCACCCCUUCUCCACCCCUCACACUCAGUGUCAAACCUCCCCACCCCUUCUCCACCCCUCCCACUCAGUGCCUCCCCCUCACACUCAGUGUCAAACCUCCCCACCCCUUCUCCACCCCUCACACUCAGUGUCAAACCUCCCCACCCCUUCUCCACCCCCACUCAGUGUCAAACUCACCCCUUCUCCACCCCUCACACUCAGUGUCAAACCUCCCCACCCCUUCUCCACCCCUCACACUCAGUGUCAAACUUCCCCACCCCUUCUCCACCCCUCACACUCAGUGUCAAACCUCCCCACCCCACUUCUCACCCUCACUCACUCAGUGUCAAACUUCCCCACCCCUUCUCCACCCUCACACUCAGUGUCAAACUUCCCCACCCCUUCUCCCAGCUCACACUCAGUGUCCAACUUCCCCACCCCUUCUCCACCCCUCACACUCAGUGUCAAACUUCCCCACUCCUUCUCCACCCCUCACACUCAGUGUCAAACUUCCCCACCCCUUCUCCACCCCUCACACUCAGUGUCAAACCUCCCCACCCCUUCUCCACCCCUCCCACUCAGUGCCUCCCCCUCACACUCAGUGUCAAACCUCCCCACCCCUUCUCCACCCCUCCCACUCAGUGCCUCCCCCUCACACUCAGUGUCAAACCUCCCCACCCCUUCUCCACCCCUCACACUCAGUGUCAAACUUCCCCACUCCUUCUCCACCCCUCACACUCAGUGUCAAACUUCCCCACCCCUUCUCCACCCCUCACACUCAGUGUCAAACCUCCCCACCCCUUCUCCACCCCUCACACUCAGUGCCUCCCCCUCACACUCAGUGUCAAACCUCCCCACCCCUUCUCCACCCCUCCCACUCAGUGCCUCAUAGAAUCUCUUGUCAUCUGA